AUGUGGUGUGACUGCGGCGCCGCUAAUGGCACGGCAGGCUUCGCGGCAGAGUGGUGGAACAAGGCCCGUGCCGAGGGCCGACAGGUUGCCAUCAACUCACGCUGCGGCAUCUCUGAGGCGGCCGACUUCGACACUCCUGAGUACCAGACCUUCGCGUCUGCUCAGCAGCGCAAGUGGGAGAGUAACCGUGGCAUGGACCCAUACAGCUACGGAUACAACCGAGAGACGAAGCCUGAGGAGUACAUGAACGCUACCACAAUUGUAUACUCACUCGUUGACAUGGUGUCGAAGAACGGUAACUUCUUGCUGGACAUCGGGCCGAGGGCGGACGGGACUAUUGUGCAAGCUGAAAUGGACAACUUGCGUGAGGCCGGUAAGUGGAUCAAGAGCCAUGAAGAAGCAAUCUUCAACACGACAUAUUGGUUCGUGCAGAGUGAAAUUCCAGGUGGACCGGACGUGAGGUUUACGCAAACUGAUGAAGCGUUUUACACCGUGUUCUUGGAAAAGCCACUUGUCAUUGACGGCUGGGUUACUAUCCAAGCACCGGUUCCCGUUGUUAAGGGCGAUGUUAUCAGUCUUCUCAGCAUCGAAGGCGGCGAAGACCUCGAGUGGAAAUCAGUUGGGUUGGGGACUGAGCAUGGGUUGAAGAUUAAGGUGGACGAAGCAUUGAUUGAGGCGGAUCAGUUCGCUUGGGUCUUCAAGGUCCUCUACGCGGCUUGA